AUGAAGCCAGUUGCCGCCGCAAGUGAAUGCGACACACUGAGUGAGGGGGCAGAUGGAGUGGAGGAGAAUGUAGAGGAUGGUUUGGAUGAGGCAGAUGAUGAUCUGUGGGACUUGGGAGAAGGAGUGGGUGAGGAAGAGGAUGGAGUGUUUAAGGGGGAAGAAGAUGGAGUGGGUGUGGAGGAGAGUGCAGUGGAUGAAGGGGAGGAUGGAGUGGAUGAAGGGGAGGAUGGAGUCAGUAAGGGGGAGAAUGCAGUGGAUGAAGGGAAGGAUGGAGUGGGUAAGGGGGAGAAUGCAGUGGAUGAAGGGGAGGAUGGAGUGGGUAAGGGAGUAGAUGAAGGGGAGGAUGAAGUGGGUAAGGAGGAAGAAGAUAGAGUGGGUGUAGAAGAGAAUGGAGUGGGGGAGGAUUCAUUGAGUGAGGGAAAGAAGAUGGAGUGGGUGAAGAGGACCGAGUGGUUGAGGGGGAGGAUGGAGUGA